AUGAAAGUUCGAACCUCCUCGGCCUCCGGGCUGGUUCUCUCAUCACGAGCCGUACCCUCGACCUCGAUAUGUUGGCAAUGCCUUCGCAAUGACCUCUCGAAUCAAAUCCAACUGCAGUCCAGGAAAUACCAUCCCUCGAGGCGGAAAGAUGCACCCCCAUUCGGCGCCGCCGUAUCCGCUGCUCAGACAAUCUUCAAAGGCCUGCCCAAGGCUCCCCCAGGCAUUUCGGUAGACCCGUUAAGAAUUGUGGGCAAGGAGCUCAAGUUCCUCACAAAGAACAUCCGGCAAUUACUAGGCUCGGGGCAUCCUACACUCGAUAAAGUCGCCAAGUACUAUACCCGGAGCGAGGGCAAGCACAUGCGGCCCAUGUUGGUCCUGCUUAUGUCCCAGGCAAUUGCGCUAGCUCCACGACUUUCUGCUGAUUCUGCGAAUGCACUGUCGGUCGAUGAUUCGAUUACCUCGUCUGAUGUGCUGUCUGAUAUGAAUCCGGAUACGAACCCGCUCGUCGCCCGGUCUGCCGAGGCCAAGUACGACUUUGAAGGCGAUGAGAACAUCCUCCCGUCCCAACGGCGACUGGCUGAGAUCACCGAAUUGAUUCACACAGCUUCGCUCCUCCACGACGACGUCAUUGAUAACGCAGUUACCCGCAGGGGUGCCAACUCCGCAAAUAUUCAGUUUGGAAACAAGAUGGCGGUUUUGGCUGGUGACUUCUUGUUGGGACGUGCCUCGGUUGCGUUGGCACGUCUGCGCGACCCCGAGGUCACGGAAUUGAUGGGUACCGUGAUUGCCAACCUUGUUGAGGGCGAGUUCAUGCAAUUGAAGAACACGGCCGAGGACGAGAAGAACCCCGUUUUCACCGACGAGACCAUCUCCUACUACCUCCAGAAGACAUACCUGAAGACGGCCAGUUUGAUCAGCAAGUCGUGCCGCUCGACAGCGGUGCUUAGCCAGAGUGCCCCCGAGGUGAUUGAGGCUGCCUACUCCUACGGCCGCAACCUGGGUUUGGCUUUCCAGCUUGUGGAUGACAUGCUGGACUACACUGUGACUGAGGUGGAGCUGGGCAAGCCUGCCGGUGCGGAUCUGGAAUUAGGUCUCGCGACUGCUCCUCUCUUGUUUGCAUGGAAGCAGAACCCUGAGCUUGGUCCUUUGGUUGGCCGGAAAUUCUCGCAGGAGGGAGAUGUGCAAAGGGCCCGUGAAAUUGUACACAAGAGCGACGGUGUCGAGCAGACCCGCGCCCUUGCCCGGGAAUACGCCAAUAACGCCAUUGCUGCUAUUAGCGACUUCCCUGACAGUGCAGCCAAGUCUGGCUUGAUUGAAAUGUGCGAGAAGACCAUGAAGCGACGGAAGUAG